CAUGCCUCGUUCGGAUUCGAAGUCUCACAGAGUCCCUUACUAUCUGCUUACUUGCGCUCUAGGGCUUCUUGCACAUCCUCUCUUCUCGGAAAAGAAGCAUCGGUCAGGAGCAGCGAUGAGCAACGAAAACCAGCCAGGUAGCCUGAACUUGUCUGACCAUGCUGAUUUGAGUUCGGAGGAUAGAGAUGCUCUUGUGGUCGUGGAUGGUUCAAAGAACAAACAUGCGGAUGUGCUGGAAACGUUAAGUCCAAUAGUUAGGAAGCGCGUCGAGGUUUUGAAGGAGAUCCAGAGUCAACAUGAUGCACUAGAAGCAAAUUUUUUCGAGGAAAGGGCUGCACUUGAAGAUAAGUAUCAGAAGCUUUAUGAACCGCUAUACACCAAGAGAUAUGAGAUUGUAAAUGGUAUCUCUGAAGUUGAAGGUAUCACAGAUGAAUUAGCAGGGAACACUAGUGAAGAAAAAGGUGUGCCAGAAUUUUGGCUGAAUGCUAUGAAACUAAAUGAAGUUCUAGGAGAGGAGAUUCAAGAACGUGAUGAGGAAGCUCUUACAUAUCUAAAAGAUAUAAAGUGGUCAAGAAUUGUUGAACCCAAGGGUUUUAAACUCGAGUUUUUCUUCGAAGCUAACCCUUUUUUCAAGAAUACUCUUCUGACAAAAACAUAUCACAUGAUCGAAGAAGAUGAACCAAUCUUGGAGAAAGCAAUUGGGACUGAGAUCGAAUGGUUUCCAGAGAGGUGCUUAACUCAAAAGACUGUUACUAAGAAGCCAAAGAAGGGUUCAAAGGAUGUCAACUCUCUAACAAAAACUGAGAAAUGUGAGAGCUUCUUUAACUUUUUUAAUCCGCCUAAAGUGCCUGAUGAUGAUGCAGAUAUCGAUGAAGAGAUUGCUGAGCAGUUGCAGGAUCAGAUGGAAAUUGAUUAUGAUAUUGCGGCAACAAUUAAAGACAAGUUAAUUCCUAAUGCCAUUUCAUGGUUCACGGGAGAGGCUGUUGAAGAUGAUGAGUUAGAACUACAGGACGAUGAGAAAGAAGAUGAUGAGGAUGAGGAUGAGGACGAGGACGAUGAUGAGGAUGAGGAUGACUAAGGAGCCAACUCUAGGAAAAAGAAUGUUGGUGGUGAGCAGCGACGGGUCAGCUGGUUGCAAACAACAGUAGAUUCUUUUCACAAUAAGCAUUGAGAAUUUCUAUGCUAGUUGGAGUCUUCAUGUGUAAUGUGUGACAUGACUGGUUAUUUCUUUAUCCUUAAAACGUCCUGGAACUCUAGUUGAGUGUAUUUCAUUGGUUGACUGCAUUCUUCAUAAUAAGAUUUAUAUUUGGCGAAAAAA